CUGCUAUCUGUGGCAUACGCGACAGGGGCGUACGGGCUGUCAAAAUUGUAUAGGUACCUAUCGAUUGUGCAAUAAAUUCGUAUAUUAUCAUGAUAAUUUAAUAAAGUGCGUUUGUUUUUUAUGUAGCAGUAAGUAGUCAAUGUUUAAAUGUAAAAUGAAGUGAGAUAUAUCUGUUGCUUUAGAAAUAUCGUGAAUGAAUUUAUUCGAACCGUGAGCUGUAAGUUUUUUCUUGUUUGUUGUGAAAACAAGAGAAACGAUGGUGGAGAACGGAGCCUCCAGCGGGGGUAGUGAUAGCCCCAGUGCAACAUGUUCACGUUCAGGCUUACUGGAGACGCUAGUGCGUGGCGUCUGGUAUCGUGUUCAUUGUACUCUAGAAGAGGAUUAUUUGAGCGUGUGUCUAGACGAUGGGUACGAUGCGACGACCACGUUGAACGGCACCUUGAAUAACAACAAUGUGGAGACUCCAAACAGUGACUUCACGGAAGUCCCAGAAGCUAUUGCGAAUCAGAAACGUUUAGUACAAGUUGUGAAGUCAGACAAUAAUGGGUUGGGAAUAUCAAUAAAAGGUGGCAUAGAAAAUAAUAUGCCUAUACUAAUAUCAAAGAUAUUCAAAGGUAUGGCAGCCGAUCUUACUGAACAGUUAUAUGUUGGUGAUGCUAUACUAUCUGUGAAUGGUGAGGACCUGAAGGAUGCAACACAUGAGGAAGCAGUAAAAGCAUUGAAAAGAGCUGGAAAAAUGGUGCAGUUGGAAGUGAAAUACCUCCGUGAGGUGACACCAUACUUCAGGAAGGCAUCAAUCAUUAGUGAAGUAGGAUGGGAGUUGCAGCGUGGUUUCAUGGCAGAUGUACCACCUUCACCUCCAUCACCGCGUCGACGGCGCGCCGACACUCGCUAUGUACCCUUGUUGAUGGCAUGCAUCGCCAAAAAUUUACGUCAUCGUGACCCAGAGGAGAGGACGAUCGAGAUAUACUCUCCGGACGGUGUGCACGCCCUAGCGCUGCGAGCAAGCAGCGCUCAGGGCGCGACGGGCUGGCACCGCGCCUUGCACGCGGCGGUGCGCCGGGCAGCGCGGGCGGCGCUCGCGCGAGCUCGGCCCCGCUUGCGACCUCUACUGGGAGACGUGCGGUAUGCUGGCUGGCUGGCUAGGCGACCUCCACAGGAUCAUAUGAGUGCAUCUGGCGGAUCAGAUAGCUCCGAUGAGGCUGAUGGCUGGCAACCCACUUUCGUUGCAAUUACCGAUCGCGAAAUUAGGCUGUACGAGGCGGCGCCGUGGUCGGGCGAGGCGUGGUGCGCCCCCGCGGAGUGCUUCGGUCUGGCGGCGACGCGGCUGGCGUGGUGGCGGCGCGCGGCGGGCGGCGCGGCGGCGCUGGGGCUGCGCGCCGGCACGCCGGCCGGGCUCGCCGUCCGCGCGCUCCGCGCCGACACACCGCACGACCUCGCCGCCGUCGCAGGCGCGCUCGUCGACGGCGCGCACCACGCCGUGCGAGCCAUGCCCGAGUUCACUUUCCGUUGUCGUUUCCGCGGCGCGUGCGCCCGGCUGUCGCUGGGCGCGGGCGGCGUGUGCGUGUGGGAGGGCGCGGGGUCGCUGGGCCGCGCCGGGCCGCGCGCGCUCUACCGCCGCCCGCUGCACGCGCUGCGCGCCUCCGCCGACGACGACCGCUCCGCGCUCUGGCUACACUUCGCUGACGACGACACUGUCGAGCUGGACAUGGAAGGCAGUCCGAAGCCAGCGGUGUUCAUCCUGCAUAACUUGCUGUCUGCGCGCGUGCACUCGCUGGGCGGGGGCGCAGGCGCGGGCGGGGCGGAGCCCGCGUCGCCGCCACUAUAGCCCGCGCCCGCGGCCGCCAGCCCCACCCUGCCCGGGUCCCUGCAUUACGCGGCCUAAUGUUUCCUCCACCCUCCCUUAGGACUGUCGUCGCAUCUGUAUAUAGAUGGCGACUGUAUCGUACUAGACCCGUGAACGUGUCGGAUGCUAAAUAUUUCGAACCGAAUGUUACCUUUUACAGUGGCAGCGAAGAAUUUUACUUCGAAUUUUUAUGUGAUUUUUCACACGUAAAUCGUUACAUAUGAUAUGAAAAUGAAUUUAAUGUGAGAAUGCACAUAAUACUCCACGAUGUGUAAUGUGAGUCAGCUGUAGUAGUCUUUGGAAUAUCUCUUGUAAUUGUAACUAUUACGUCACCCCUUCCUAGUAUUAUGUUAACAUGUAUAAGAGUAGUAGUUCCCACAUAACAUCUUUCUCAUCGAAUCUCUUGUAACUGACGUAUCUGUGAUGUUAACAAUUUAUCAUGAUCCCUUCAUAUCUGACCCGUAUCAAUAGUAAUAUUUUGUAAACUUAUUUAGUGACUGAUGUAGUUCAUAGAACUAUUUUACUAUGGAAGUCAGUGAUGAUUACAUAUUGAAAGCACCAUUUGUCUCACCAUUGAAGCCAGUCAUCUGAAGGACUUGUUAGUCCUUACAAACGUAACCACAUUUCGUCAGAAUGAUUUGUACAGAUACCGUAACUGUAUAUUGACAUUGCCAAAGAGUUGAAGACGUAACGUAUCGGACAAUACAAGACGGACAUUGGCCGUAGUAGUCUAUGUCUGCGCGCGGUCCCCGCGAGAGGGCGCGAGUGUUGCUGCUUCGCUUGUAUGUGGCUGUCAUUGUUCUUCCAAAGAUAUCAAUUUUAAAUGUUUGUUUUGUUUGAUGUUGUAGCUUAAUGUAGCGUAGAGAAAUGUAAUUAUCGUUUGAAUUGAUCAUAAUGUAUUUUUAUAAUUUCCGUUGUAAAUAAAUAGGUAUACUGUUUUAUAAACGGUACAUUCCCAGAAUGUAGACGAUUACAUUUGCUUUAAUAUUUGUAGCGUUUAUCUGAAGUAAGGUUAAAUUAAGAUUCCAAUAAAAUAUGAUGUAUAUUGUGUAGUCACGUGUAAGUUGUAAGGAGGGCAAUAUACGAGGUGAUAAAUAUUAUUUAUUUUGAUAUCGAAUCGUACAGCCUGCGUUGUUAUUGGAGGAGCCUCCAAUUUUAUUCAAGUACUCAUUUAUGUACUGCAUUAUUAUGCACGUGGAUAUUUGUAAUCUCAAUAUAUUUACUUUGUAUAAUCUCAUAAACAUUCCCUAUUCGUGAUUACUUUUACAUUCUUGAAAAAUAACUUAAAAAUAUGCUUAAUCGAUUUUUAUGAUAAGUAUUAACUAAAACACUAAUUUGUAUUUCACUAAAUUACUAAACGAACACUUUACUGUAACUCGGGGAACGAAUGUAUUUACUAAAUAUAUUGUAUUUUUUGUUUGAUUAAUGAUUACUAUCGAGUAUCGAAUAUUAGGUUGUAAGAUGGGAGAGAAGUUGUCCACUUUACGGGGGAAUUUUGUUAGAACGACGUUCAAAUUAAUAUUGGUUAUUUAUUUUUUAAAUCAAACGAAAGCAACUCCGUAAAGUGAUACACUUGUAAUGCAAUUUUCUGAUCUAAGUUGUACGAAACGACGACGUAUAUAUUAUGAGGUAGUUACCAUGAUUUUUAACUUAUUUAAGCACCGUCGGGAAUCUUUGUGCUAACAGUUUCCGUAUGUUAAAUUAAAUCUAAGAUACUAAUCUUGUAAUCUCUUAGAAUUUCUACUGGUGACAUUCCUUCAUACUAUGAUAUUUAACUUCCAUUGCGCGGGCGCAUAAAGCCGACGCGUCAAAUAGACUGUAUAGAAGUAAUAUUGUCUACUGUGCUGUUAAUUUUUAAGAAUAAGCUUCCCACUCGAGACAGUUUGAUAUCUG